AUGGCACUCAUGUCUUUCCCAAGUCUUUUGGUGACUUUGGUCAUGUUCAGCAUACUGUAUGCGUUCCGUUUGUACUCAAGAACAAGAGACGCACGACCCCUGCCCCCGGGACCGAAAGGCCUUCCAUUCAUCGGGAAUAUAAACGAUAUGCCUAAGCCCGGUGUGCUUGAGUGUCAUCAUUGGUCGCAGCUCAAGAAGACAUAUGGCCCUAUUAGUUCCAUCACCGUGCUAGGACAAACGUUCAUCAUCAUCAACGACGCCGAAAUUGCUGUCGAGCUGCUGCGCGACCGUUCAGCAAUCUACUCCUCAAGACCAAUGCAGACAUUCAGUUGUGAGAUGGUUGGUUGGCGACAUGCGACCGCUAUGGCUCCGAACGACGCGGAAUGGAAACUUCAGCGUAAGAACAUUACGAAGAUAGUGAGCACAAACACGUCAGUAUCAGUAGUUGAUCGCGUUCAAGAGAUGGAAGCCGCGCGUUUCUUGCUCAACCUUCUUGAUUCACCCGACAAGCUUUUCGACCAUAUAAAAAAAGAGGCUGGCAGUGUCAUCCUGAAGAUCACGUACGGCUAUACUACCAUACCGAAAGGCAAUGACCCCUUCGUCGAUCUAGCUGGUAAGACCAUGGAGCAGUUCGCUGAUGCUACAGUUCCCGGAAGAUGGUCUGUGGAUAUGUUCCCGUUCUUGCGAUACCUACCAGAGUGGCUACCAGGAAUGGAGUUCAAGCGCACGGCCAGAGAGAUGGCGACGCAGCUCCGACAGUGUACUAACCAGCCUUACGAAUUCGUCAAGAAGCAAAUGAGCGAGAAGAGACACUCGCCAUCAUUCUUAUCGCAAGCAAUCGAAGGCACAUCCUUGGAUGCCGAGAUGGAGUUCAUCCAUAAAUGGACGGCACUGACGCUGUACACAGGUGGCGCUGACACUACCGUUUCCGCAAUAAUGACAUUUUUCCUUGCCAUGAGCAUCUUCCCGGGAGUUCAGAAGAAGGCUCAAGAAGAGUUAGAUCGCGUCAUUGGCGAAGAACGACUUCCCGGCAGUAAAGACCGGGAGAGCCUUCCUUACAUCUACGCCUUGAUGAAAGAGACGCAUCGCUGGCACCUUGUCUUGCCUAUGUGUCUUCCGCAUUGCAGCACGGAAGAGGACACUUGCCGCGGAUAUCGCAUUCCGAAGGGUUCCAUCCUUCUGGCUAACAACUGGCUUUUCACCCAUGACCCUGAGGUCUACCCCGACCCAAUGGUCUUCAGACCGGAACGCUUUCUCGAAACACCAACCCACAAAAGUGAGCCUGAUCCAAGAAACUUCAUCUUCGGUUACGGCCGACGUAUAUGCCCGGGUCGAUAUGUUGCAGAUAACGCCCUCUUCAUCACUAUCGCGCAAACUCUCGCUGUUUUCAAUGUCACAAAGUCUGUUGACGAGAACGGUCGAAUCGUGGAGCCAGAAAUUAAGUUCGAGCCGGGUGCGAUCAGUCAUCCGGUGCCGUUCUGCUGUUCAAUCAAGCCGCGAUCGGAUGCACACGAGCAGUUGAUCAAGGCUUCGGAGCAACUAUAUCCAUGGGAAGAGAGUGAUUCCAAAGAGCUAGAAAGCAUCAAGUGGUAG